AUGAAAUAUAGGGCAGUGGUGGUUGGCGCCGGACCCGCAGGCAUCGCUGCUGUGGGCAAUCUACUCGAACAACACCAGACUCCCAUCCUCUGGGUUGAUGACCGGUUCGAUGGCGGCAGGUUGAACAGGUAUUACAGACAAGUCCCGAGCAAUACGAAAGUCAAACUUUUCGUUGCCUAUUUCGAAGGACUGGAUGUCUUUCGUACUAUCGGCCGCACUGCGUCGGCCCCAAACCCCAUCAGACAUCUCCAAAACCUCGACCAGGAGAAGACGUGCCAUAUCGCCGAGGCCGCAGACGCGUGCCUAGCUCUCACCCACGGCCUCGGGAGGUACGACGGCGUCACCAUGUACAUGGGAUCCGUAUCGGACGCAUCGCAGUCGGAAAAUGGCACCUGGACGGUGACCAUUGCGACCCCAGAGUCUAUCUAUACAACGGCGUCGGCGGAGCUACUAGUACUCUGCACUGGGUCAUCUCCUACCACGCAGCCUCUCCCCGUUCUAUUGCCGCAACAAAUCGGCCUGGACGACGGACUGAAUCCGCCUGUACUAUCCCAGCGUCUCCCCUCCGACACACCCACCACAGUCGCUGUCAUCGGAGCCUCCCACAGUGCUAUCUUGGUUUUAGCGAACCUAUCCCACCUAGUCGAAACGACUCAUUCCCACCUCCGCAUCCUAUGGUUCACCCGCCACGCUCUGCGGUAUGCGGAGGAACGAGACGGAUGGAUCUUUCGCGACAAUACCGGCCUUAAAGGGACGGUGGCGACAUGGGCAAGAGAAAACCUCGAGGCGGGUGACUCACCAGUACAUCAAUACCUCCAGAAGAUCGAGACUACCCCUGAAAGUGAACCUACCCUGUACCGGACCUAUCUCCCAGACUGCACCUACGUUAUUCAAGCUGUCGGGUACACGCCUAACCCGGUACCCCGGCUAACGGUUCGCGGCCACCCCGUGAGUACGUUAAAACACAUCGACUCGACCGGAGGGUUCGCGGAUGAGCAUGGGACCACCAUAGAUGGGCUCUACGGCGCCGGCAUUGCAUGGCCAGAGAGGGUCGUUGAUCCGGAAGGGAAUGUUGAGUAUGCGGUAGGACUCGCCAAGUUUAUGAGAUACCUCAGGAGAGUGGUGCCGGCGUGGACUGGCGCAAGAGAAAGUGUGGGUAUGAGGACGGGGAUGGGCUCGGGGCCGGGGGCGAGUCUACACUUUGUAUUGGAUCAAAAGGGGGUGGAAUCCGGGGUAUCGACGGGCAUGGGACGUCUAAUGGCCGGCUAG